AUGGCGUUAAACGACGUCAAGUGCGAAGCGACGUCAAGUGUGAAGGCGGAAGUGGCUGCAGACGAUACGCACGCUAACGUCAAGUUAGAAGAGAAUAAGGACAGUAUAAAGGCAGCGGUAACGAGCGCUGUAGUUGUCGAAGCAGAGGCGUUUCGCGAGGAUCAAAAGACGCACGGAAUGAAGCAGGAAAACGACUACAUUCAGGCAAAAAAAAGCAGCAAAUGGAGUGAAAAACGAGGAAGAAAGCAUGAAAAAAGAUAA